CUUUGUUUUGGAGGAGUGACUGCGCGAGUGUGACACGGUUGAUCCUUUGUUGUGAAAAAGCAAACGGCGGCGCGUGUGUACUUGUGUGUGCGUGCGUGUUGUGUGUCUUCGGGGCGUGUGUGGGAUAACAACGAGUGCAAGUAUGUCGAAAAGAGCAAAGACAAAUGAGCAGGAGGCUGGAGAUGGUGACCAUGACAACGGCACAGCUCCCGCUGCCAAGAAAGGAAAGAAGGUCAAGGAACCAGAGGCCCCCAUUCUGUACAGUGACCCUCCUGAUAAGAUGAACAGCAAAGAUGGUCGUGCUGCUAACAUGAAGAUCACCUCCUGGAAUGUGGAUGGGCUCAGAGCUUGGGUCAAGAAGAAGGGCCUUGAUUGGGUGCGUGACGAGGCCCCGGAUGUGCUGUGCCUGCAGGAGACGAAGUGCGCUGAGAAGUCCCUUCCUGAUGAAAUCACCUCCAUGCCCGAGUUCCCCCACAAGUACUGGGCUGGCUCCGAUGAGAAGGAGGGCUAUAGUGGGGUAGCUAUGCUGUGCAAGACUGAGCCCCUCAAAGUAACCUAUGGCAUUGGUAAAGAGGAGCAUGAUAAGGAGGGCCGUGUUAUCACUGCUGAGUUCCCCACCUUCUUCCUGGUCACCGCCUACGUGCCCAACUCUGGCCGAGGCCUGGUGCGCCUGGACUAUCGCAAGACCUGGGACGUGGAGUUCAAGGCCUACCUGAGCGACCUGGACAAGCGCAAGCCCCUGGUGCUGUGUGGCGAUCUGAACGUAGCCCAUGAGGAGAUCGACCUGAAGAACUCCAAAGGCAACAAAAAAAACGCAGGCUUCACAGCAGAGGAGCGUGAGGGCUUCAAUCAGCUGCUGGCUGCAGGCUUCACCGACAGCUUCCGCGAGCUGUACCCCGAGCAGGCCAACGCUUACACCUUCUGGACCUACAUGAUGAACUCUCGGUCUAAGAACGUAGGCUGGCGUCUGGACUACUUUGUGCUGUCCUCUGCUCUACUGCCAGGCCUUUGCGAUAGCAAGAUCCGCAACCAAGCUAUGGGUAGUGACCACUGCCCCAUCACUCUACACAUGGUUGUGUAGAUCAGUCUGGCCAAAGUGCUGGAUCAAUUGUUUCCCAGUUCAAUAGUUUUGGCGUUGUGGCCAUGCAUUGUUUUCUCAUGUUAAAUGUGACCUAGGUGGCGGACCUCAGAUGAAGUCAUGGCAUUCCUAACUACUGAAACUAAUCUGUAUGCCGGUGUGCACACUCAACAUGAGUGAAACAUCAGAACCUGGAAACACGUUUCUACUGAAACAGAUUCUCAAAUGAGUUUACUUUCACCUCAAAUCUUAAAUUUGAUAAACUAGUCACAAUUGUCCUGUCACCUAUUUGAAGUGACUAUUCAAUACUGUCCUUUACUUUUCCACCCACACAAUGCACUCCUAAGUGACAUCUGGUAACAAAUUGCAUAAUCCCUGCAAGUCCUCUGAGGCAUUGUGUUCUUUAACCAUGUGAAUCUGGUGUUGGUGCUAAAUAACUGCUAGUCUGUCAUUGAAACAUUGCUCGCUCCUUUGAAGGGAAUGUGAGUCCUAUUUUGUUAAUGAAUAUUAUAUAUAAUGGUAAUGAAGUCAUUACCAUUGAGUGAAUAUUGAUCAAUUAAAUCAUGGUACAGAUUUAGCAUGCAAACAUUCAGACCCAGAUUGAUGGCCAGUGUUAAGAUUGUCAAAUGGUUCAACCUCUGCAAAGCUGAUAUGAGACCAAUGUCAGUGGAAUCUCACCCCUUACUGCCAAUGUCCAGAGCAAUGUUUAAGACAUGCCUGUUUCGUAAAAAAAAUCCAAAAUAGAAUCCUAAACCAUAGCAUAAGUUUAUAGAUGAUAAAUGUACCCAUGCAUCUAACAAAGUUUAGUUUUAAGUAUGCUUGAGUUUGCUUUUUUUUUUUAAAUGAGGUUUUCAUUACAGAAGACAGUAACAAUUUGUAUUGUUCAUCGAAGUCUUUUCAUUAAACUCAUUUGAGCUACAACUAUGAAAAUACAAUGUACUAUACAUAUGAAAUGCAUUUUAGCAGAAGGACACGAGGCACAAUUCUUUUAGUACUUCUACAUUAUUAUAAUUAGCCAAAAACAACAUUUUGUCCGGGAUUAAUUGCAGCCAGCACUCUACAGAUUUAAUCCAGGCCAAAGUUGUGUCACAUGAAUGAUUCAGCUCACAGAAGAGCUGUAUGUGCCUUGAUGAGUAACAAUGACACAGUAUUUCUAUCAUUAUUUCAGCUGAGGAAAGCCAGAAAGAAUUCAAAUGCAUUUCAUGAAUCCUUAGAUUAGGAAUUAUCACUAAUAUACUGAACAAAAAUAUAAACAACGUGUAAUCAUGUUUCAUGUGCCGAAAUAAAAAAAUCCCAGGUAUGUUUCACACUCACAAAAA